AGAAUUCAAUCACUCUUUAAGAAUUCAAUCCAAUGGAAAAUAUUCUCUGACGACACCCUUUGUAUAUCUUUUCUCCAUGUUUUCAUAACCAAAAUACCUAUGAAACUAUUUGCUUCUCUGACAAUAAUUCUUAUUGUUCUUCAACUUUUACAAGAGAAAAAUCAUUGAACAAAACCUAUGCAGAAUCUUUCUAUCUUCCAAUACCAAACAAAGAAAUCGCCAUGGACAUCUUCUCUACAGAGAACUUAAGCUCCAGUCCAACUGCAGCUACUCCUCGAAUCUCGUUCUCACAUAAUAUCGAUAACUCCUUCAUUGAAAGCUACCCAUAUCAAUCCAACUCCAGUCCAGAUUUCGACUUUUGCUUUACCAGUGUUUCCAUCCAAAAUGAAGCUUCUUCUGCUGAUGAACUUUUUAGCAAUGGCUUAAUCCGUCGGUAUAACAGUGAAGAUAAUAUCUUGCUCGACAAGAAUUCUUCUGCUUUGAAACAUGUUACUUCCGCCACAACUAAUCAGUUAUGGAUGGACGAAAAGCCGAAAGAAGUUCUUUUUGUAGAAGGGUGUGAAGGAAACCACUCGAAAUCCUUUUGGAGGAUCAAGAGAAGUAGCAGUCUUCAUUGUGAGAGCACGAAACCGAAGAGUUCAUUUUGGUCAUCACUGCCACUUCUAUCUCGAAGUAACUCAACUGGAUCUAUGAUGAAAGUCGACCGUCAGAACAAGCAGAAUACCUCCCAAAAGCAAAGCAAUAAGAACUCGUCAAUGGCAGUUGUGAGUAAUAAUAAUGGUUAUUCGUCAAUGAAGCCGCCAUUGAAGAGGAACUAUGGACGAGGAUAUGACUAUGGGAUUCGAGUCAGUCCAGUGCUUAAUAUGCCACCUCCUUUCAUUUCCAAAAGUGUUGCGAAUCUCUUGGGAUUAGGUUCUUUGUUUCGUCAUGGCAGUGAUCACAAGACCAAGAAAUGAUUAUAAUGGUCACCAAUAGACAGGUACGACGACCAGGUUUUGUGAAGACGGACCAGUCCAAACUUGUCUUUUAUUUUGAUUAUUCAUUAUGUUGUUGUAUACUAUGAAAGAACACACUUGUAUUUAAUAUUAUACUAUUAAUGCAAUGGAUGAUGUUGUUGCUUGUUUACUA